AUGUCAUUUUUAUUGUUGGUAGUGAGAAGGAACAAAUUGGUGCAAGUAGAUAUGUGCUUUCAGAUUACUGAUAUCCAUGGUGCUGACGCACUCAAAGAUAAAGUGGAAGAUACUAUUAUAAGAAGUCAUGUUAAUGUUCAUAAUGUUACAUUGAAUGGAGAGGAUGAACAUGAAAUUUCUGAAGAAACAGAAAUG